GGAAGCACCCAGUGUGCAGGUACCUGCCAUCUGCAUGUCCCCACGGCAGAAGUGCAGAGGGAAGGGUGAAACCCCAAUAUUCUUGGGCUUGCAAGUUUGCGCUGUGGGCUGCUGUAUGAAUUCAUGGGGAUUAUGCAGCUGUGUAAGAACACAACUGCAAACUAGAGGUAUUUCCUUGUGUGAGAACAGCCAGCAGCUGUUGGAUGAGUGUCUUUUGUUGGCCUACCAGAGUUUGAGCCAAGUUUGAUAUUGCAACAUGGAUCUUUUAAAAAACUUUGUGUUGCACCGGAGCAUUUUUAUGUGCAGGAAGUCCAAGGGAAAGCCAAAUGGUAAAAAGCCAGCACCAGAAGAGAAGAAACUUUACCUAGAGCCAGAAUACACAAAAUCCAGAAUUACUGACUUUGAAUUUAAGGAGCUAGUGAUGUUACCACGAGAAAUAGACCUCAACGAGUGGCUUGCCAGCAACACAACAACGUUCUUUCAUCACAUCAACUUACAGUAUAGUACAAUCUCAGAAUUCUGUACAGGAGAGUCAUGUCAGACCAUGGCAGUGUGCAAUACACAGUACUACUGGUAUGAUGAGCGGGGAAAGAAGAUCAAGUGCACUGCUCCUCAGUACGUUGACUUCGUCAUGAGUUCGGUGCAGAAACUAGUGACAGAUGAGGACGUCUUUCCAACAAAAUAUGGCAAGGAAUUCCCAAACUCAUUCGAGUCCCUAGUGAAGAAGAUCUGCAAGUACCUGUUCCAUGUGUUGGCCCAUAUCUACUCCUCACACUUUAAGGAGACUUUGGCACUGGAGCUGCACGGACAUUUAAACACACUCUACACACACUUUAUCCUAUUCAUCAGGGAGUUCAACCUCGUGGACCCUAAAGAGACCACCAUCAUGGAUGACCUCACAGAGGUCCUCUGCAGCAGCAGCGGGAGCAGCAGUAACGGGAGCGGCAAUGGGAGCAGCAACAGCGCAGGAGCACAGAACCACGUGAAAGAGAGAUGAGCCCUCCUACAGGAUCAAAACUAACAUUAAAAACAAUAUUAUCUAUUCUGUGUGUAUGUGUAUGUAUAUGUUCAGAUAUACAUACAGACAUAUACAGCGAUGAAAGCUGAAAGCAAUGAUGCUGCCACCACGGGAUGCGCAGUCGUACAGGACUGUACGGAGCUUUGGGUUAAUGCGCCAACUGGCGAGAAGUUGCACCAAUUUUAUUUUAUUUUCUGUCCACUCCUCCUUUUACCUAUUCAGAUGGAAGAUGAGUGCUGUUUUUAGAGAAGAGCCAAGCUUGAGAGUGGGGCCACUCUUGGAUUUUUUGGUUGGGUUUUUUUUUUGUUUGUUUGGUUGGUUUUUUGUUUUUCUUUCUUUGGUCUUGAGUGCAAGCCCCUUGGUCUUUCUAGGCUGGUGGUCCUGCCAUUUAAAAAUAUCUAUUAUACUAUAAGAAAUAACUUUUACUUGGAAGUGGCUUAAAAUGCAAGUUUGUUUGGGUUUUUUUUUUGGGGGGGUGGGGGUGGUUUUUUGGUUUGGUUUUACAUAGACUGCCUCUUAACCCUGCCAAAAGCUCCCCCACUGAGUGCAUCUUGCCCUUCGUUAGCUUGGAAUGGGAAGAAACUCCUGGCUUGACUAGAGUAGCAACUAGGGGCUUGCUACGUGUUGACAGUGGGCAUGAUUCUCCAGUUGUCCCAUCUAUGUGGUCACAACAUGUCAGCGUGCAAGAGGAUCCACAAGCCUUUCUGCUUAUUGCUCCUACAGUAUAUAUACUCUUUCCUCUGCUCCCCUGCCUCUUCUUUUCCCAGGCACACCUCUACAGGUAACAGGAGUAAGAUCACUGCAGUCCAAAACCCAUGUGCCAGAGCCACCACCAUUUGCUUUCCAUUGAACAGAGGCCCAGGGAGCGGGGGGAGAAGAGUGCAUUGAGUCAGUCACCGCCUGUGCUAGAAAGAUGGCUGUUGGCAUAAAAUUAUAUUGUUGGCUUAUUUUAGUUCAUCUGUUCUAUAAUAAUAAAAACGAAUCUAUCAGCCACAA